GCAGAGCGGAUGCUGCGGCCGACGCCGUUGAAUGAGCGCACUUUCUCCAGCGGUACUGGAAACCCGAUGAAGGACUGAGAAGCUUAACCCUGAAUGAGUUUCCUGCUGCCCCGCAAAGGCCACUCGAGACUGGAAAUUUACAUUUACCUGGAACGGAGACGGGAAAGUGGAAAAGAAAAUUUUUUCAUUACGUUUUUUGGAGAAAAAAAAAGACAAUUACUUUAAAGAGAUACAAGAACACACCUCCAUCUGCCCUGUGAUGGAUAAAAUAUAGUGCAAACGUGCGUAUGCCUGUUUCGUAUUUCUCUCUACAGCGGAAAAGGAAUUGCUAAGAAUACUUAAUACAAUCUGGAUUUUAUUUUCCUAACGGGACGCACACAUUAGGAGUUGGAGUUGGGGCAAAUGAAUGCUUAGAAGGAAUCAUUUUACCCAAAGGCAGUGUCUAAGGGUUGGGGGAAGACUAUGUUGGAUCUAUUGUGGAAAGAAGGGAGCUGGACGAAAAAGAUGUUGUUGCUGCUGUACAUGGCCCUGGAACUUAUGACUGCUCACUCAUCGGUUCUCCUGGGAACUCUGGAGCUCCAGCUAGAUGAGGAACAGCCUGCAGGAACUAUUGUGGGCGAUAUCACUGCCGGCCUGCCUCCUGGUGUCACAGCCUCCCAGUACUUUAUUUCAGAUCACCAGGGCACUGGUGUGGGCAGCGACCUCCAUAUAGAUGAGAAAACUGGCAUCAUCAAGACCGCCAAGGUCCUGGACCGUGAAGUGAGGGACCGCUACAGUUUCAUUGCUGUCACCAUGACUGGUGUGACUAUGGAGGUGAUCAUCACGGUGAAUGACAUCAAUGACCACGCACCCACAUUUCCCAGGCAAAGAACCACCUUCAGAAUUCCUGAGCAAACUGCUAUUGGCACCCGGUUUCCCCUGGAUUCUGCCACCGAUGCAGACAAGGACCAGCUGACGACACAGGGUUACCUCAUCAAAGAUGGAAAUGAGGGGCAGAAGUUCCUUCUGCAGACUAAGAGGGGAAGCAACAAAGGUCUUUCCUUGGAUCUCGUAGUUAAUGGCAUCUUGGACAGAGAGCAAAAAUCAACCUAUACUUUGCUCCUCGAAGCCUUUGAUGGUGGGUCUCCAAAGAAGACUGGACAAAUGAUCCUUGACGUUAUUGUGCAAGACAUAAAUGACAAUGCUCCAGUCUUUAAUCAGAGCCGCUACCACGCUGUCAUCAUGGAGAACAUGCAACCUGGCAACAGCAUCCUGCAGGUGUUUGCUAGUGAUGCUGAUGAAGGGGACAAUGGCCUGGUUUUAUAUGAGAUCAACAGGAGGCAGAGCGACCCUGACCGCUAUUUCUCUAUUGAUCCACACUCUGGUGUGAUCACACUCAGCAAGCCUCUGGAUUACGAAAUGCGCAAAGUCCAUGAGCUGGUGGUGCAGGCCAGGGACAACGCCAGCCAGCCAGAGGUCACUAACACUUUUGUCACUAUCCAUGUCCGUGACUACAAUGACAACCAGCCCACCAUGACCAUCAUCUUCCUCAGUGAGGAUGGCUCUCCUCAAAUCUCAGAGGGAGCACAGCCAGGCCAGUUUGUGGCUAGGAUUUCUGUUUCCGAUCCCGAUUAUGGCGAGUAUUCCAAUGUCAAUGUUUCCCUGGAGGGUGGGGAUGGCAAGUUUGCCCUGACCACCAAAGACAACAUCAUUUACCUUAUAUGUGUGGACCAGAUCUUGGAUCGAGAGGAAAGGGACUCCUAUGAGCUGCGAGUCAUGGCCACAGACUCUGGCACACCACCUCUCCAGGCAGAGUCUUCCUUCACUAUCCAGGUCACUGAUGUCAAUGACAAUCCGCCACUCUUUGACCAGCAGGUGUACACACAGGCCAUACCAGAGGUGAUUUUCCCCGGGAGUUUUGUACUGCAGGUCACAGCCAGGGACAAAGACCAAGGGCCCAAUGGUGACACCCACUACAGCAUUCUUCAGGAUUAUGGAACUCACUCGAACUGGUUCACAAUUGACUCGGCCACGGGGAUAAUCACCACUGCAUCACAGCUGGAUUACGAGACUGAUCCUAAACCCAGCCUAAUCGUGGUGGCUUCCGAUGGGGGGCAACCACCUCUGUCCUCCACAGCUGUGGUGAACAUCAUGCUGCAGGAUAUAAAUGACAAUGAGCCUGUUUUUGGAAGGAGCUUCUAUGAAGUGUCCAUCAGCGAAAACACUCCAGCAGGAACCUGCUUCUUGGAGGUUACAGCUACGGAUGCUGACAGCGGCUCGUUCGGGACAGUAACCUAUUCCAUCGGCUCCGGCAUCGGGAGCACAGCUCCCGUCCAGUUCACUGUCGGCAAGGAGACGGGCCAGAUCUGUACCGUCGUGGCCCUCGACCGGGACCAGGGCCCGUCCAGCUAUGACUUCACUGUCACCGCAGUGGAUGGGGGCGGGCUAAACUCCAUGGCCUACGUGAAGGUGUCCCUAGUGGACAUCAACGACAACAGGCCGUACUUCUACCCUCUGCAGUACGCGGUCAGCCUCAGCUCACAGAGUGUCCCUGGCACCUCCGUCAUCCGUGUGACGGCUCAUGACUCUGACGCAGGGGACAACGGCAAGGUGACAUACCACAUUGUCCCGGGAAGAGGCUCCGCCUACUUCACCCUAAACAAAGACACAGGUGUGAUCUCGCUGUCUCGCUCCCUUCACGGCAAAGCCAACACCAUCAUCUCCAUGGUGAUCGCCGCUCAGGAUGGCGGUGGGCUGGCCGCACCCGAGAACGCCCGUGUCAACAUCAGCGUGGUGGCCGGCUCAGUGGCGCCUCCCAUGUUCGAGCGGACGCAGUACCACUUCACCGUACCCGAGGACGCGCUGCGUGGGACCGAAGUGGGCGGCGUGCGAGCCAGCAGCGCAAUCGGAGCUGCCCGGGCCAUGACCUACUCCAUCUGCUCGGGAGACCCAGAUGGCUACUUUGUGGUAGACUCGGAGACAGGCGUCCUGCGGACCAACAGGCCCCUGGACCACGAGGCGCGGCCGUCGCUGGAACUGGAGGUGCAGGCGAGCAGCGGAUCCCCGCCGGCCUUUGGCCAAACACGUGUACUCAUCACCGUGGCCGACGUCAAUGACAACGCACCCAGCUUCCAGCCCUCGUCCUCCGAAUCGCUGCUGCUGCCCGAAGCCACACCCUUGGGCUCCGUGGUGUACCGCGUGCGGGCUCACGAUCCUGACUCGGGCCCCAACGGGAAGCUGACUUUCGAUCUGCUCCCUACCAGUGCCCUGCGCACCUUCAGCAUGGGCCGCAGUAGAGGGGAGAUUCGCCUGGUGGGGCCAUUGUCUUACGAAAGCGUGCCGCGUUACGACCUGCUGGUGACAGCACGGGACGAAGGGGCACCCCAGCUAAGCUCCGUCUUCACAUUGGUCGUGCACGUCCAGGCUGAGAACCACCAGGGCCCCGUGUUUGAUGCACUCACCUACCGCGUGGAGCUGAAAGAAGGUACGGCCCUCAACACGCACUUCCUGCAGGUGCGGGCCCUUAGCCGGGAGGUCGCCGGGCCAGCCACACCCCUGGCGUACCAUCUCCGGCCCGACGGCGACGCGGCAGGAUUCGGCAUCGCCCCCGACAGCGGCUGGCUCUUCGUGAAGAGUGCCCUGGACCGCGAGACCAAGGACCUGUACUUCCUGACGGUGCUGGCCACCUCAGGCAAUGGGCAGCUCAAGAAGACAGGCAGCGCCACCGUGCGCGUGUCCGUGACGGACGAGAACGACAACGCACCUCGGCUGGCGCAUGACAUGUCCUUCCUGGCCGUGCGGGAGAACCUUCCCCCUGGCACUGGCUUCGGCCGGGUUCUGGCCACCGACCGGGAUACGGGUCUCAAUGGCCGGCUCACUUACCGCAUCCUCCAUGCGGAGCGCAACUUCCAGAUUAACUCCCAGACUGGGGAAAUCAGCACCAGGGUGGCACUGGACCGCGAGCAGCAAUCGAGUUAUCAACUGAUGGUACUGGUGCAGGACGGGGGCACGCCAGCCCGAAGCACCACAGGCACCGUCCACAUCAGCGUGCUGGACGAGAACGACAGUGCCCCCAGCUUCUCCCACGCCCAGCCCGGAAUAGGCCUCCUCAUGCAGGUGAUGGAGGAGCAGCCCCCCGGGUCCCUGCUGGGUACAGUGCAGGCAACAGACCCCGACGAGGGCGAGAACGGCACCAUCAUCUACUCCCUGUCAGGUCCCAGGGCAGAACGUUUCACCCUCAACCCUACCACAGGCGAGCUGCGCUCGGCUUCUCCCCUGAGCCAGUCUAACUGUGCUGAGUACAGCUUCACAGUGACGGCCUCGGACCGGGGCCUGGCCCCCCGCAGCGCUUCCACCGCCUUGCUCAUCCAGGUCCUCAGCUCUAGCAGAAACACCGCAAAACCCAAUUCUCUGUCCAUGAGCCUUAACUUCAUGGAGGGCCUGAAACCAGGCUCCGUGGUUGGCUCUCUCCGGUCACCUGAUCAGCAGAAUGUUCCCGAAUCAGGGCAAGUGACCUACACGGUGGUGAGCGGCGCCGAUCGGGAUGGGACGUUUGUGGUGGACCGCCUGACUGGUGACGUGUACCUGGCCCGGGAACUGGACUAUGAGCGGGGUUCCCACUAUACACUCCAGGUGGAGGUAGACAACUUCUCACAAGCUUAUCCUAGCAGCCACAUGGUCCACCUGGACAUUGAAGUGCAGGACAGCAACGACCACGCUCCGCGCUUCCCUGAGGACCUGGUCACCAUCGUCAUCCCAGAGAACAUGGAGCCUGGCUCCUCAGUCUAUACCUUCCAGGCAGUAGAUGGAGACGGGAGUGGCCCCAACAGUGAAUUGCGUUACUCCAUCCUUCAGCGUUGGCCUGACAGUAUUAACCUGCUGACCCUUGACCCGCUCACUGGUGUGCUAUCCUUGGAGCAAGGGUUAGACCAUGAGACCACCUCCUCCCUCUACCUGGUGGUGCAGGCCAUGGACUCAGCCCUCAACACCAGCCAGCAGCGCUGGGGUACUGUCACCGCUCGUGUUUUUGUGACUGACGAGAAUGAUAAUGAGCCGGCCUUCACUUCACCCACUGCUGUCAGCGUGAUGGAGGACCAGCCGGUGGGGUUUGUGGUGCUUUACGUCAUAGCCCGUGAUCCGGACAACGGGGAAAAUGGCAGAGUGUCUUACCACAUCCUCACGGGGAAUUCUGGGGGAAAAUUCAUCCUUAACUCCAACACUGGUUCCCUGUCCAUCCUGAAGCCACUCGACCGUGAGGAACAGGACACAUACAACCUCACCAUCGUUGCCGAGGAUCACGGGGCGCCCCGGCACACCGCCACUCAGGUCCUGUCCGUCCAGGUGAUCGAUGUCAACGAUGAGGCACCACUCUUCGAGAAGAACGAGUACCAGGCACAGAUCCUGGAAAACCAGAGCCCAGGGACUGCUGUGCUGACGGUAUCCGCCUCAGACCGUGAUCAAGGGUCCAACAGCCGUGUCACCUAUGGGGGCAUUGUUGAGGAGUGUUUCACCAUCGACCCGGAAACCGGUGUCAUAUCUGCCACUAGGGCUUUGGACAGGGAGGUGCAAGAACACUACACAGUGACAGUGUAUGCAAAGGAUGGCGGAACCCCGCCCAACUUCGCCAAGGCAACUGUGACGAUUACAGUCCUGGAUGACAACGACAACAAACCGACCUUCACUGCAUCUCUCUAUAGCCUGGAAGUGCCUGAGAACAUGGAACCUGUUGAGCUUUUUACCUUGAGGGCCACAGAUCAGGACACAGGGGCCAGUGGAGAGGUGGAAUACAGGAUCACAGUUGGAGACCCAGCGGGGGAUUUCCAUCUGGACAGCACCUCAGGAGUGCUUUCCACAUCCAGGCCUCUGGACCAGGAGGGAAAAGCCAACUAUGUGCUCACUGUGGUUGCCCAGGAUCAUGGUACUCCGUCUCUGCGAGGCACUGCUACCGUGGAGGUUUCUGUCCUGGACGUCAAUGACAACAGUCCACAGUUUGAGCAGAGCAGCUACACUGUCGAUGUCCCCGAGGACACACCUGUGGGCUCCUUCUUGCUGAAAGUGACCGCCAUUGACAAGGACCAGGGCCACAACAGCAAAGUCCUAUACUUCCUGAGCAAGGAAUCACGCGGCACUUUUCACAUAGACCAAGACACGGGAAGGAUCACCACGGCGGUCCUGCUGGAUCGUGAGAGACUGGCCGCCUACAGCUUCCACGUCUUUGCAGUGGACUCGUCCCCAGCUGACCCCCGCAACGCAACAGCCGAGGUAUUCGUCAGCAUCCUGGACAUCAACGACAACGCGCCCUUCUUUGUCCAGGAUCCGCUCAUCAUCAACAUCUCCAGCUUUGGCAUCCCCAGUCACAGAGUGGUGGCCACCAUGAGGGCCGAGGACAGGGACUUUGGUGCUAAUGGAUCUGUGUUCUACCGAUUCGCCAGCCCAGCACAGGGCUUCACUAUCAACUCCCUGACGGGAGCCAUCCAGGUGACAGAAAGCCUGCAGUCUCUGACCCAACGACAGCGCACUCUGAUCGUGGAGGCCAUGGACCAGGGUAACCCAGCACAGUCAUCCCUGGGUGUGGUGAUCAUCUACAUCAAAGAGCAGGAAUACCAGGGAAUUCGCUUCUCUCGCAACAUACGAGACGUCAGCAUCCAGGAGAACGCAGCCAAAGGCACAGCUGUAGUGCAGAUCCAAGCCCAGCAUCCUGACGGCUCCCACAGGGGCAUCAGCUACAGCCUCUUCAGCGGCAACCGGCACAAAUCAUUUCGUAUCAGUCCCACCACAGGUGAGAUAUUGGUUCAGAGCUCUGCCGGCUUGGACUUUGAGGAGAGCCCCAGGCUCCGCCUAGUGGUGAAGGCUGAAACUGCAUCAUCGAGCACCUUCAUGGCCGUUAACCUGAUCCUGCAGGAUGUUAAUGACAACCUGCCUCGCUUCCAGCUGCAGAAUUACAUUGCAUAUAUUCGGGAGGCUCAGGGAUAUGACUUCCCCAUCAUUCAGGUUGUGGCUGAUGACCUCGAUCAGGGUCAAAACAGUCAGGUGACCUACUCCAUCAGGUCCUCCUCCAUGAGUGGCCUCUUUAGGAUCAACCCGCUAACGGGCAGCAUCACCACUGUUGCCAUCAUGGACAGAGAGAUCUGGUCACAAGCCAAGCUUGUCGUCACGGCGACAGACCGGGGCAGUCCCAAGCUGGCAGGUACUGCCACCCUGACCAUCAUCGUCAUGGACGUCAACGACAACAGCCCCACCAUCCCCCUGCCUCGUGAGGUCCAUGUGCCUGAGAACACCAUGAUCGGCACAGAGAUCACGCAGGUGACCGGAAACGACGUGGAUUCCGGCCCACCCCUGUCCUACACGCUGCAGCUGGACAUCCACUCCCAAGGGAGGUUUGGGAUUCACCGCUAUGGGGGAGGAGUGUCCCUAACGAGCCCGCUGGACUUUGAGGAGCGGACCUGGUACACGCUGACUGUCCGCUCCUCGGACUCCAGGCACCAGAGCGAAGCCAACAUAACGGUCCUGGUGGAGGACGUGAACGAUAACAGCCCCACCUUCACCCAGGAUCUGUACCAGGUAACUUUGCCGGAGCAUUCCGCACCGGGCAGUUCUGUUAUCACGGUAACCGCCACGGACCGAGAUUCUGGGGAGAAUGGAAAGGUCACAUACCGAGUGAUGUCAUCGACCCUGGAUGGCUUUUACAUCGACCCCAACAAUGGCACCCUGUUUAUCAACCAGAAAGCAGAAUUUGACUCAGAGCAUCCUUCUAUCACUGUUGUGAUCGAGGCCCGAGACGGUGGAAUCCCAUCACUGUCCUCCAUCACCACCGUGCACAUUCUGGUGACAGAUUUCAAUGACCACCCACCCAUGUUCCACCAGUCAAAGUACAGGGCUUCAGUGUCAGAGGAUGGCCUACCCGGAGUUACCAUCCUCACCCUGGAGGCGGUGGAUGGAGACUUAUCACGAGAAAACUGCGGCUUCGACUUCACCAUUGCCAGCGGCAACUCAGGGAAUGCCUUCCAGAUUGAGAGCAGCGUGCGCUUCCUGGAGGGGCGGGGUUUCCAAACUGUGGGCACACUAAUACUGGCUGAACAGCUGGACUUUGAGUCCCAGCCUUCCUACAACCUCACGGUCGUGGCAUCUGACCGCGGAGUACCACAGCUCAGCUCUAGCGUGGAGGUCAUCAUCAUUGUAACUGACGCCAAUGACAAUCCGCCAGCAUUUAGCCGUACGGAGUACAGUGUGGUAGUAAGCGAGGGGUCCCCCACCGGAAUGGAGGUCCUGCGCUUGACCGCCACUGACCCGGACUCUCCUGUGAACGCCAAAAUUCACUACACUAUCAGCUCAGGGAAUGAGAUGGAGCUGUUCUCAGUGGACCAGUGGACAGGAAUCUUGUGGCUCCAGGGACCUUUGGACCGCGAGAGGCAGUCCACCCAUGUGGUCAUCAUCCAGGCCUCCGAUGGCAAUGGUCAAUAUGCCCUGGCUCCCGUCAAUGUAGAAGUGAAAGACAUCAAUGACAACAGACCUUAUUUCCCCCUGAAAAUGUUGACAGUAAGCAUCCGUGAAAACCAGCCACCCAAUGUUCUCGUCACCAUGCUGCAUGCUAUUGACUAUGAUGCUGGUGUCUACGGCCAGUUACAGUAUUACAUGUUGGAAAAAUCUGGAGUUGAUAGAGAUGCCUUCACGGUCAACAAGACAUCAGGGGAGGUCCGGACUCGCAUGUCAUUUGACUAUGAGAAAGUCAACUCUUUCAGCUUCGUGGCUCAGGCCACAGAUCCAGGGAACUACUCGGCCACAGUAACCGUGCAGGUUUAUGUGACUGGCGAAGAUGAGUAUGAGCCAGUUUUCACCACAACAGACUUCUCUUUUAAGGUUCCCGAGGGAGCCAGGAAGGGGCAGAGCAUUGGGCAGGUGCAUGCCAGAGAUGAGGACAGUGGUGUAGAUGGCAUUGUGCUGUAUUCCAUUGUCAACGGCUCACCAUACUUUGACAUCAACAAAACAACAGGUAUCAUAUUCCUGAAGAUGGACGGGUCGAACACUCACAAUGUUGGCGGACGCUCUAAGAGGGAGAUUCGGCAGAUGGAGCUGGACGUGAUGGCCCACAGCCCUUUGGAGACCUCCCGUGUCGCUAUAGCACAGUUGACCAUUGACAUUACCCACACUUCUUUUGGCCUAGUGUCAGAUAUCAACAUGCUGCUUGUAAGCAUUGUAGCUGCUUCCCUGGGAUCCAUUGUUGUCUUAGUCAUCAUUGCCAUCAUCCUCGUCCUGUUGAGGUCAAGACGCCAGAGGAAAAAGGAGGAUGACUGUGACAGAACAGUGGCACCUGGCACUGUCUUGCAGAAGCUUGAUGAAUCGAGGGUGACUGGAGCUGAGAGAAUCUAUCAUCAGACGUUACCGGGAUACACCACUGAUCAGGGUGGGACGGGCGGGGGGGUGCCUUAUCCCCGUGGAGGAUCCCUGGACCCCUCUCACUCUAGCGGGAGGGGCUCUGCUGAGGCAGAAGCAGCAGAGGAUGACGAGAUCCGGAUGAUCAAUGAGUACCCACGAGUCUCCAGCAUCUCUUCCUCCAUGCAGGAGCACAUCUCCGCUCGGGGGCCUGAUUCUGGAAUCCAGCAGGAUGCCGACCAACUGUCAGAUACCUCUUGUGAGCCAGGGAUGGAGGCAGGACAGUGGUUCAAAGGAAAGAAGCUGGGAGCUCUUAGUGGGACUUUGUUGCCUGGACAGCAUCCCAUCUAUAGGGAUGAAGGUGGAGGCUAUUUGAGUGUGGGAAGAGGGCUAAGUCUCUCACACCCCAAGGACUAUGCUUUUCCUGAAGAUGGGAAGCCAUCCGUAGAUGGGUCUCUCACAGCCAUUGUGGCCAGCGACGAAGAGCUUCGGGGCAGCUACAACUGGGACUACCUGUUGAACUGGUGCCCUCAGUUCCAGCCCCUAGCCAGUGUCUUCACUGAGAUUGCCCGCUUAAAGGAUGAGAAUGCUCCACCCAGUCACCGUCGACCCUUUCAGCCCAAAGCAAAGACAGACCCCAAACCUAGAAUCGACCCGCCACCCCUCAUUACAUCUGUAGCCCAUCCAGGGGCCAAAUCUGUCCCUCCAAAGCCAGCCAUUGGACGGACGUUCCCACACUUGCUAUCCCUUCGGCGGUCACCCAUCAGCCAUGAUGGCUCCAUUUCUUCAACAGCCAUGUCCCCCAGCUUCUCCCCCUCGCUCUCGCCACUGGCGGCCUGCUCCCCCACCAUCUCCCCGUUUGGAGUGAGUCAGGGUCCCCCGACCUCCAUAAUAAGCACGGCUGAGCACUCUCUGGAGCAGGGUGAGGAGGCAGAGAUGAGGAUUUGACACCGCUGGUCUCAGGACACACUGUGAUAUCUUAAUGCUAACAUAGUGUCAUUAUUCCCCUCCUGCCUGGUAUUGUUCUUGGGAGUCUUUAAAAAAGCACCACCUCAGUAUUUCAGUAGCGCUGCUCAGCCUCGCUGGCUGGCCAGAGGGUUGAUGGCCUGGAACUGGUUCAGUUGAGCAUAUAUGUGGAUCAAGGUUUUUGGCGUCUCAAUGAAACCAUGUGGUCACCCUUUAACAGUGAUCUCCUCCCUUCAAAUUCAAGUGGUGUUCAAAGACAUCUGCAACCACCCAGUUUUUGCACAUAUAGGGGGGCCAGGAUUGCCAAGUUAGUGUUAAAAACACUUUGUUUAUAUAUAUUUUUAUACUGAUUUUUGUUAAUGGAAAAUGUCAACUAUUCAUGCCAAGGGGCUGUCAUUUCGUUUUGUUAUACAUGUAUUUCUGUAUGUAAGAAGAGUAUGAAUGUUUGGGUUUGUUAAUGGGACAGUCAUUUAAUGUGUUUGUGAUUCUGGGUAUUUGCAACGCGUGACGGAGUACAUCUUCUUUAUAAUAUAUUUAUAAACAAAAGAGAUAAUGCUCGCUAGAAGAACAGAUACUAAUUCAGUUCUUGGUAUGCUGUAUAAUUUGACAGUUUUUUUCUUGGGGUUCACAGCUGAUGCGAAGGUGUCCGGCAUCACUAAGGUGCUUUAGUGCUAAACAAAGGCAUCGGGUUAACCGCGCGAAAUGGAAGCUGGAAAUCUCCCUCAUGGAAGUGGCCUCGGCUUCUCACAAGAGAUUUUGAAGGCCGGGAUAUCAUUGUAUUUAAAGUAGACAUCCUGUAGUUCAGAAUUCCUGCACCUGACAUGAGACGUCAACUAACACACCUUCAGCAAAGUGUUUGUGGCAGUUGAUGGCAGCUAUAUAUUAAAAUCCCGAAGUAAAUGUAUCGAACGCUAAACAUAGUGACUCAGACACAAACACAAUCUUGAUGUACUAGUAAACUGGAAAAGCCUGGCCCUCCUCCAGCAGUUCCUCAUAAAUUCAAGCUGAUGCGUUCUCUCAUUAUGUAAAUAGUUUUUCUUUUCUUUUACAUCCAUCAAGAAUCACUGAGCUGAACAUUAUGGACAACUGAAGAUUAUGUUUUCAUUGAUCAACCAGGUUAGGUGAGGGGAAUGUUUUGAAGAAUGUAUAUAUUGUUGACGUAGCUCAGUAUUUUAAGGAUAUUUCCCUUGUAUGUUCCCUCAAGUGGACUACGGUCUUGUUUACAUAACUUUGAUGGAUAUUUGCCUUUUUUCCCUAAAUGGGAGGACUACGAAUUUUUCUAUAAUUCUGAACAUUGUUUUGUAGAAAUGUGUAAUUUAAUAAAGGUUUUUCAAUGACUAGACUAAAGCAGUUGGAGAAAAUAAAGCUGAGCAAAGAAAACAAUAAAUUUAGAAACACAAAAAAACCUGUCUGUUGUCAGCAUUCUCCUCUCCCAUUGCAUUGUUUUUUUUCUGUGGAAAGUCUCAUCUUUUUGUGCCUUUUUUGCUGUUAAUGCCAACUGCUGGUAUCCAUCUUUGGUGAACUGUAUAAACUCCUUUCAGUGUCGUAGAAGCUCACUAUAUAACCUUAAUCUUGAUUCUAUGGCAACAGAGUUCAGAAAAGUUAAAACACUGUUGAGACAACAAAGGGAUUGUACCAAAACAAACUUGUAUGGGGGGAGUUCUGGAAUGACAUCACACAUCUUCAGCCAGCUCUGCCAUCCUUUGUGAAACAGCUGUCCUUGUAACAAUCUUUGUCUGGUUUUGAUUCAUGCAGAUGUUAGUGUAAACCCCCCCCCCCCCCCCAUAGACCAGCAGUGUCUAUGUUAAUUCUGUAUACUGCCACAAUAUGAAGUGAGUGGAGCAUUUGUUUAGCACUUUCCAUCGAUGGUCAUGUGUACAAGGCCUGCCUGGGACUGGGAUGACGAUUGUGUCGCGGGUCAUUCAGUUCUCCCCUUUGGCUAGGAGAGAAUGUUGUCGUUCUUGAAUUCCUCAGUCUCUGAAGCAUUGAUCAAACUCUUUACAGCAGUCAGAGAUAGAGACCUUGGGGGAACGUUUGUGUAAGACCCCAGCGUAUGAACGCAAGCAUUUUUCCGUCGUCUGGAAAUUCCAUCUCCCCAUUUGUUUUGGAAAUGGCUUUCCUAGCUGUUUUGCUUCCAACUGGUAACAUGUCAAUGCAGCUUAUUUAUUUUUUAUUAGCUGGGAGCGCAGUGUUCUUUGGACGAUAAUGACAGGUUAUAAAAGUCUCACUUCCUUUCAGUUAUCUAAUCACGAGAGAACAUUUCUAGUUUUUAAAAAACCUGCAGUGUUCGGCUCCACACCAGAGGAUCACGAUGAGCGUUGUCACGGUCGAGCUGUGGAGUGAUACGUGAUCUUUGAAAUCACUUAGCAGCAAAACCCAAUUAUUGGUUCCCCUAAGACAGUGGAUCUCAGCUUCUUUUUUCUUUUCUUUUACUGAAGGUCCUCCUGUGUCCAGGGCUUCCUACACAGGGUAAUGAUGUCGUCUUUUUUCGUCUUUUUCUGCAAUUAUGACUAAUAUUGCCAGUGUUUUUUAAUAUAAGCCCGUUUUCAUUUGGUUACACUGCCAAACAACGUAAUUUCUUUUAUUGAAAUAAGAAAAAAGAAACAUCGUUUCACUCCUCUGUCCACCAACAUUAUUUUUUUCUCAGUUUGUAACAUUACUCUCAAAAUAGAAGAACAGAAGAAUGGCUCUAAAAUUUGAAGCCUGACAACCAUUAAAAGUGCGCUAAAGGUGAAAAGACCCUCAUUUUAAAGUAUUUGCCUUCAACAAAACAAGGCAAAUAUUUUAAAUUGUGAUAUUUUUAACAACAUACCAAAACAAAAUGAACAAAGAAACAAUGAUUCCUCACCUUUCCCCUCCAUCAGCUUAUCUGUGAGAUGCUGCUAACUGGAUGGUUUGAUGUUAGCUGUGAAUUCUGGGAUUGUGAGUAACAUCACCACUGCAGCUCUUGCACUGUUUGCAACCAGGAAGUACUGUUGGUUUCUAUAAAAAACAAUCUUUAAUAAAGCCCUGAUUUUUAAUUCAUAGUAAAAGAAUAUUGAUAUAAAAAGUAUUGCGUCAUUGUUUAUCUCAUCUGAAAAUAUAUCAAUAUACCAUUAAAAUUCCUACCACUCAAAAACUCAUACCACCCAAAUUCUUACCAACUCAAUUUCAUAAUUUUUUUUCUACGCUUUUUAAAUAAAUUGCACAGCCCCUCUUGGACCUUGCUGUGGCCCCCUAGUGGACCGUGUCUCCCCUUCCCCAUUGAGAACAACUGCCCAAAGAGCCUAGAACUGUCCCAUAAAUAGCUGAUUAUUUGGAAUGUGAUAUAGUGUUGGAGCAUAGUCUCCAGGUGUCUGUAUAACAAACUUUAACUCAUCCAUUGUUAACAGAAAUAAUCUGACUGCUGUAUUGAUUUUAAUUAAACCUGUGGAUAUUUCUUACAGUUUUAGCUUUAGCUAACAACACAGCACAUUGCCCUGGUGUCUUUUUUAACAUUUUUGUUGUAAUUUAACUGAAGAACAUUUUUGCAAGCUUAUGUUUUAACUUUUUCAGAAUGAUUUGUUUCGUAAAAAUUGUAAAUGGCAGUAUAGUUAUCAAUAAUAAUUCCAAAUGUUAAUUGUCAAGGAAAUUAAGCAAUGUGAAAUUCGCUUAGUAAGAGAAAUAUAUAUCAGUAUUUGUUUCCAAACAAUUAUUUUCCAUUUUAGACACAUCCAGACAUAUUGGUGUUUAUCACAGUGCCUGUUUAAAAAACGUCCUUCUACUAUUGUCAUAUUGUCUUAUACUUGGUUUACAAAAAGCUCAAAUUAAAUGUAGCUGAUAGCCUCCGCAUUUUUUUCUAUAGCCGCUUUAACUCCUUUUUUGAAGACAAUAGAUUUUUUCCUAUUAGCUAAAUCUCAUGAUGUCAUUAUAGCCUCUAGGGACUGUAGAAUCUGAGAAGGCUGCAGCUGAAGAAAAUAAAUUAGACUAAAAGGGUCUUUAAAAAACAUCAUAUUUUGAGUUUUAUGGCUCAAAUUGUCUAAUAGCCUUGAUUUGUAUGUUUGUAUGUUUUGUUGCAAGAAAACCACAAAAGUGAGUCUGGAGAAGUCUGGUGUUUCUAAACCAGAAAUCACCAUUUGUGAACACACUGUAUAACAAGCUCUGUUCUUGGGGAUUUUGCCUCUUAAAUUCACAUGGACUGAAGUAAAUCUUUUCAUACUUCACCCCAGAAAACUUUGUCAUUCAGUUUUUGGUUAAAUAAUGUCUAACACGGAACUCAUGAUUAAUUUAACUCCAGAUCCACAUUCUAAUGUUGAAAAUACAUAGCUAAAGAUCUUGGUAUUGUCUUGUUUUAUGUAGUUACAAAUAGUCCUCAAUGAAUAGUAUUAUAGUUCUUGUAUAUUUCUGAUGUAUUUAUAAUUACUGUUGGUGAUGCCUCAUUUUUCUAUAUUACUAACCAUAGUAGUGAAAGGGCAUAUUUAGAACUAUGUUACUACCCAUCUGUUUCUACGGUUACUGAUAGACGGCUCCUGUUCCCAUGGUGACCACCACUCUGACCACAACAGCUUCUGUCCAGAAAAUAUGCUGCAUACAAUGCAACAGAGUAAGAAGAGGGCUUGCAUACAAAAAUGCAUUUUGAUUUUAGCUUAAAGCUGCUUCACAUGUAAUGACACAGAAACAGCCAGACCUCAGAGAUUUUAUGUGGUUUUCAACGAACCGGAAUCACAUUUAUGGGACAUUUAGGUGAAAAGGCAUAAGGUUACUGAGAGUCGCCUUGGACGUGACAUGCUCUUCUGUGGAUAGUAACAGCUUCCAUUUCAAGUUUGUAUUUAAAAUAUGUUCUGGAAUGGAAAAAUUUAGCACCUAACAUGUGCAAAUUGAACUUCUUUUUCGUUUUUUGUGGUAGUCCCGUGAAGGAGGUGAGUGUGUCCUGGUUGGGAGAGUGUUUAACUAGUGGGACUGCCUGGGGAUAUUACAGCAAGGCUUCUCAGCACGGCUAGGAGUUAUGGAGACAAGUGCAAGAGGCCCAUGACUGGGAACCAUGCAGAGGCUCUGUCUGCAGUGCCUGACGAGUCCCGUUCCACUAGACAGAAGGGCACAUAUACAGCUAUUGAUCUCGAUAUGCUGUUUCGUGACUCGCUGGUUAAAUCCCUUGCACGCUCUGCAUGCUCCUGUAAGAAUAUCCCCUUAAAAGGUACUCCAGGUCUUCCAAUAACAAUAGUGCACUCCUCUCGAAUGUACGCCAUGAAAGGGCCCAGGCUACGAAAAAGUUAUCGCUAAUGGUAUCUCCUAGGCUGUGAUUACUGUUAAUACACAAAUCCCUCAAGAUUGACAUUACAAAAAUUCCCAUUGCUUCUGCCAACAUACAAUUUCAUCCCAUUUAUUAUUCUUUAAUCUGUACAUCAGUUACCCAUUUCAAAAUGUUAUUGUAAUAUUUCUGUUAAGAGUUUCUCUCAUGCUCACAUGAAUGUGAGGGUCAUUUGAGGAAAAGACCUCCCUUUGGUCUCCUGUGUCCUCUCUAACCUCAUGCUCAUGCGACGUAGUUACACAGGGUACAGCAGACGUCAUUGCCUCAUUGCCAGACUGAUUUAGGCUUGGUCCUGUCAUCACAUCUUGGCCAUGGGAUGCGACUGAAACUCGCAUGUAUACCUGCUCAGUCCCAUUUCCUGUGAAUGGCUGUCCAGAGAUGGAACGCGGUGAUGGUAUGUGUUUUAGAAUUGGAUAUUUAUUUUUAUAAGAUUCACCUGUACCAGAGCCUUAGCUACUCAAGAUAAACCUGUACCAAUUCAACACCGUAUUUCAUAUGCAGCAAAUUGAAUUUUCAGACCAUAAUGCAAGUGAGAAACUCGAGUUGGUUGCAGGAUGUGACAGCACUUGGCAAAAUGCAACUGGACAGUGAUGUGGAAUUUUCAGGUCGACCAGCUAUUAUUGGUUACGACACCUUGGACUCCAGUUGAUACCGAAAUAUGGCAAUUAUCCUGUGAAUUAUUGCAAGAUGAAGGCAGGAAAAAAAAAGCAAUUUCAUUUUCAAAUGUUUUUAUAAAUGUAAGUUUUUUCGUGGGGAAUUGAAUCUGGUUCUUUAUUUUCGCAUUUGAAUGUGGAAUUUUAGGUUUCUCUGUAGUGAUACAGUUACUGUUAGACAGUCCCAAAUUAUCUGCCUGAGCACAGUGGUGCUAGUGUUAUCUGUCAUUGCCUUGAUGAAAAAUCUCCCCAAUAAACAUU